AUGCGGCAGGCAGAUGAUGUGGGCGCAGCAGGAGGAUGGUGUGUAGUGUUCAAUUGUCGCAUGCUGCCUCUGGAGCUUGCAGCUGGUGUAUCUGGCAUGGCCCACGAUCUGCAGGUUGAAGGUGUUGAUCUUGAGGGAGUUGCUGGGUGCUUUGUGCGUUGUGGUAUGGAUGUGGUUUAUGAAGAAUUUAUCCAAAUGAGUUUUGCUGCUUGUAAAGUGGCCCUAGCCAUGCCUCCUUCACAGUGCUGUUACCCAGACUGCCUGGCACAUGCCGUGCAAAAUUCUGGUCUCGGAAAAUUUGGAAUCGGGGACAGUGUCUCAGCUCAUUGCUUGACUGGUGAGGAAAUUUUUUCUUUGCAUGGGAUACCGAACAACAGUCACGUAUCAAAUUCAAGCUUCUCUACAAUAUGUCCUGCUGUUUUGCAACAGCUAAUUUUUCACCCGUGUGAUCAUCAUGAAAACUUUGUGGAUACAUCUAAACCACAUGCUUUACAAGUUUGGGGAUUUGGGUUCCUGGCUGUGACUAUCAUUAACUUGGCAUCGCUUCUGGGAUUGGUUUUAACUCCCCUCUUAAAGAAGUCAUAUUUCCCCAAGGUUUUAACUUACUUUGUGGGCUUGGCCAUUGGCACUCUCUUUUCUAAUGCAAUUUUCCAGCUCAUUCCAGAGGCAUUUGGGUUUAACCCCAACGUAGACAACUAUGUUGAGAAAGCAGUUGCUGUGUUUGGUGGAUUCUAUAUUCUCUUCUUUGUGGAAAGGAUUCUUAAAGUGAUAUUGAAGAUCUAUAACCAGGCUGGCCAUGAUGACUCCGAAAAUGGUGAACAGAAUCAUUCUCAGGAUAAGACUAAACCACCCAAACCACUGUCAUCCAGCAAUGGGGGCACGUGUUAUGCAAAUUCAGCCAUCAUAGAAAGCAAUGGAAAUCUUGGUUUUGACAGCAUCAGUGUGGUCUCAGCACAGGAAGAAGCCGCCCAAGGCAUCUUAUGCAAGUGUCUCAAUGGGCAACCACUGUCAAAGGUUGGGACCAUUGCUUGGAUGGUAACACUGAGUGAUGCCGUACAUAAUUUCAUAGAUGGUUUGGCUAUUGGUGCUUCUUUCACUUUGUCCCUGUUUCAAGGGCUUAGUACUUCCAUCGCCAUCUUGUGUGAAGAGUUUCCUCAUGAACUGGGGGAUUUUGUCAUCUUGCUUAAUGCAGGAAUGAGUACUCGACAGGCUCUGUUUUUCAACUUUCUCUCUGCAUGUUCCUGUUAUGUUGGGCUGGCUUUUGGUAUAUUAGUAGGCAACAACUUUGCUCCUAAUAUCAUCUUUGCUGUAGCUGGUGGAAUGUUCCUGUACAUCUCUCUGGCAGAUAUGUUCCCAGAGAUGAAUGAUAUGCUGCAGGAGAAAGUGACAGGAAGAAAGAUGGAUCUCGCAUUCUUCCUUAUUCAGAAUGCUGGUUUACUAACGGGGUUUACUGCUAUACUGAUGAUUACCUUGUAUGCAGGAAAUAUUCAACUGUGA